UGGACAGUGUUUAUUCAAGUGGAAAUACAGAGGAGGCAGCUGUGGGCCACGCUGACCUCAGGCUCAUUGGCUCCUAGUGGCUCUGGGAAAGAUUAACCCUUGCUGAGUGGGCAAGGGAGCCCUGCUGGGGUGGAGGGCACGCGUGUGCCUGCACGUGUGGAGCCCUCAUAGCCCCUCUGGGCAUCUGUCCUGGGCUGACAGGUGGCCAGGCCAGGGGCUGGAAAGCCGCUGCCCUUCAUCUUGGUCACCUGUGAAAUGAGGCUCGCAAGUCCCUGCCCCGGCGUGGGUAUGGCCAAAAGACGCCUCUGUGUCCCUGGGCUGGCUCAGGGAUGUGGCCACUCUGGGCAAGGUGUCAGGGCCCCACACUAUCUGGAGAUCGCAGCAAGGGAGCUGGGCUGCCCUCUCCCCGGCACAACCUUGUCAGGGCGGGCAGGCUGGGAUGGGGGAGUCCCGGCGGGGACAAAAGCGCCAGGCUUGGCCACAACCGUUCCGCCUAGCAUCUGGCCAGGGCUCAGAGCAAGUGAACAGUGCCGAGGUAGAGACGAAGCAGAAAUAAGCGGCUCCACAUGGCCCUGCACUCCGAGCUCCGCGCUGCGGCCCUGACCGGCUGUCGUGCUGCGCAGGGCACCGGCCCAUGGGCUGGAAAGCGGGCUCCAGCACAAACCGAGGGCGCCGCGAGCCAGUGCACACCGUGCCAGGUGGGGCUUGUGCAGCUGGGAAGAGCCCCUGCCCUUCGUGGGGACCCAGAGGGGGGUGGCUGUGUGGGGCUCCAGGGAAAGCAGGGCGUGGGGACUGUCGGGAGUGGAUGGAGGAGCCUGGGGCUGCGGCUUCUGCUGCUCACUCAGUUCCAGCCAGUCCCAGGCCUUGGGCCCAGAGCAGGGAACCAAGAAGGGCUGCAGAGGGCCUGCGGGGGCCACCCCGGAAGGGCUCUUCCCAGGCAGCCCAGGAGACAGAGGCAGUGCACGCACUCCCAGCGGCAGUGGAAGAACCGGGUCAGUGCGUGCCUUGCUUUCUUUAGGGAAGGGCUGGGGAACUUACUUUUAUUUUCAUCUACUCGUGAAAAGUGGGUUUUUCGUGUGUUAAUUUAUGUGACUCCUGUGCUUGUGGGUCUCAACCAGGUGUGAUCCGCUCCAUCCCCCUGGUACAGGACACACAGUGACUCCAGGGUGGUUUUGGCCAUGGCCUGGCGGGGGGGUGGGGGGAGGGAGCUUCUACAGCCACUGUGUGACCCUGGGGUUGGUGGACCCCCGCAGUGCAGGGAGCCCACGCAUCAGCAGGACCCAGGCUGAGACCCAGACCUGCUCCGGCGGGUCCCAGAGAAGCCCUCUGCAUGCCCUUUGCUGUCAGCGUGGAUUGUGCGAGUCCCCGUGGCCUGAGCAUGUGGGGGCCUGCCGUUUCAACACCCUCAGUUCUCACUGUGGCCGUCCCCUCUGAGCACUGCUGUGCCAGCUGAGUUCAGAAACCUCAAGUCUGGGCUGUGAAAGGACGCACAGUCCGCGGUGUGGGCGGUGCACUUCGCCCAUGCUGAGCGCUUAACAUCGAGCAGGACAGCAGGGGCUCCUGCUCAGCAGGAAGAACGGCUCCUGGGCCAGGAGAUGUUUUCUGCAGCUUGGCUUGAAGCAAGUUCAGUGUGCCUUCAUCCGGACCGACACAGCUCACAAACCGGGGGUGGCUGUCCAGGUCGCGAGUCUCAGCUGACUUCACCGAGGGCCCCGAAGGACGCGACGUCCAGGAAGAAGAACAUGAAUGAUUCGGAAACGCUGCUGCCUGACACAGGAAGUCAGGAAGGCUGAUAGAUGAGGAGGGCUGCAGAGCUGUGCAGAGAUCGCUUCCUGACACCACCUGGCUGGUGCAGUAUGGGCUUCCCCAGGUGACCGGCGCGGGUGCCCGCGGCCAGAGCCCAGGACACGGGUGGUGCCCUCCUGCUGACCUUUGCCUUAACGCGAAUGAAAUCACAAGGAACAGGGCUGUGCUGCCAGCCCUGUGCACACACCCGCAGGGCGCGCCCUCCUCCAAGGACGGGAGGCUGCGCAGGCGAGAAAAAAGUGCGGACAGAAGUGAAAUCUGAUCGUGUGCCAGGAAAGCGUGUGAGUUUUGAGACUCCGCAGCGGCAAGGCUCGGCCAGCCAUGGAGAACUCAGUGGCCUGCGUCCUCUACCCCGGAGAGGACCGCGCGCGCGGGGCUCCGGGAGAGGGCAGCCUGCCGCCGCAGGACGUUGCUGCAGGGGAGGGCUCUGCGUCUCUGUCCCCGUCGCCGGCACAGACUCCCUGCAGCCUGCGCGCGUCCCUGUGUUUCAGCUCCGGGGACGAGUCCCCGCCGCAGUCGAGCGCCGCCGCCGCGCAGGACGCCGCGGCCUCCCCGCCCUCGCGCGUGGUGCAGACGCAGUGGGCGGCCAGCGGUGUGGGCGCCGCGUCCCCGGGGGAGCGCGCGACCCCGGAGGACACCGCGUCGCUGGAGGAGCCUGUGUCGCAGGAGGAUCCCGUGUCCCCGGAGGAUCCCGCGCGCCCGGAAGAGCUCGUGUCCCCGCAGGACUCCGUGCCCCAGGAGGAGCCUGUGACCCCCGAGGAGCGCGCGCGCCGGGAAGAGCCCGCGGCGUCCCUAGAGGAGCUCGGGGAGCCCCCGCCCGUGCCCCCCGGCGUCGGGGCCCCGCACGGGGAGCCGGACCUGGUGCUCGAGGUGUGCGGCUGCCGGCUGCGCGCGCACAAGGCCCCGCCGCCCUGCGCGCCAGGCCUGCAGUCCUUCCGCUGCGCCGCGCUGGACGGCCACAUCUACUGCGUGAGCCGCGCGGGCACUUGGCGCUUCGUGCACCCGCGCGACAGCGAGUCCGUCGGCCACUUCGAGCCUGAGCCCCUUGCGGGAGCCCUGGACGGGCGCGGUGUGCUGGUCCCCUUUGUCCUCAACCUGCCUGAGCAGCCGCCGGACCCUGGGGAGCAGGGUGCUGCCUAGGGUGGGCAGCUAGAAGAGGGCCCGGGGGCUGGGGUCUCCGGCGGGAAUGGGGGGCGGAGCAGAGGGGGAGAGAGUGGGGAGGGCUGCCGCCUCUGGCGUAGACGUGCUUUGAGGGUACAUGCUUCGCGGGCCACGCUGCUGUAAGCACCCCUGCCUCCCACUGCUGCACUCCCUCUGCUUCCAUUGCUUCUUGGGGCCAGGGGUGCAGGGUGGGGGGUGUGUGCAGAUAGCCCGGCACACCGGGCGGCAUGCCUACAUGAGGAGGGAGGGGUCACACACGGGCUUGGGUACACCGAGGGGUGCAGGUGCACUCUGGCCUGCUCUCCUGUGUGAUGAGAAGAGGCUGCCAGGCCUGCCCCUGGAGCUCCCCUCGCCGGGAGGAGCAGCAGUGCCUGCACAGGGAGGUUGGUCACCAUUCUGGCUUUUUGUUUUGCUUUUGGCUUGAGAUGAUGAGUUCUGUGAUUUUGUGAAGAGCUCUUGCUGCUGUGUGCUCAAGUGUGAGGGCUCAGCCCCUUUCCGGAGGACAAUUGACAGGUGCUUGUGUUUAGGUCCUUGGUCACCAGGGGAUGGUAGUGCAGGCGCAGUUUGCACCCACUUCGGAGUUGUGUGCUAGGUGUCCUGCGAUUCUGAUGGCGGCUGGAGUCUGAACUCGGUCGGCUUGCUUGCCCUGAGCGCGAGGACUGCUGGAGGUGAAGGCAUUGAGGGCACAGUGAGAUGGAGCCACGCAGACUUGAGCGUGGGUUGCUUGUUACCCUAGUGGCGGGCACUGGUAAUUGGGAAGUAAGAUGUGCUUUCUAAACAGUUUAUGGUUGUGAAAGGCCUCUGCUAAGUGUGUUUAGAAAUGGUCAGCUUGACUCAUGCAUCACCCGGGGUGGAAUUUGUGGUUUCGGUCAGUGUUUUCUGGGGGCUUGUAGGCUUGCUUAUGAUCACUCGUGAACCAGGAAGACAGGCUGGCUGCCUGGCGAAUCCUCUUAGUAAGGAUAAACAGGCUUCGUCUGCCUGACUUUAUCGUCCUGUUACAGGAGUGUGCUGGAGAAAUAGGAGUAGAGGAAUCCUGAUAGCAAAAGGCGACAGAUAGUGCUGUCUUAAGGAAAAGUAUAUUUUAUACUGUACAUUUCCUGUAGAAUUUUAUUACUGAUGCUAAAAGUGUUUUUAUAUGAAACGGAUCCAGACUAAUAUUUUCUUUCCUUAAAUAUCAGGUCCAUGCAGUGCUAUUCCUGGGGCUUUCCUCGAGAAGUCCUGGGAUAUUCACUACUGGGACGGUGGCCCAGGGGAGGCAGAGGGCUGGCGCUGGCACAGCGGCAUGCUGGUGACGUUUCUGCCUGUCAACUGUCACUUAUCCGAGAGGCACAGCUCCUGCGGCACACACUAGAACCCCAGGGACUCCUGCGGAUGAGAAAUCUGAGGGGUAGUGGGGGGAUUACCAUUGUGAAAACAGGUGGGAUAUUACAUGCCGUUUUUCUAGAUAGUAACAGGCUCAUAAAAACAAGAGCUAGAGCCCCACAGCACCACUUGUUUUUGUUUGGGGCCAGUCCCUGGGUGUGGAGCAAGGUUUGCGCUUGUCAAACUGCCGGAUAAGCCACAUCCACCCUUGUCCUGAUCCAGGGGCCCUAGGGGAGGUGGCACUGCUGAGACACGCCUCCCAGUGUCCAGCCCUGUCCAGGGACAGUGGGAGUGGACAUCCUUCUGGCUGCCAGACAGAGUGCAGAGGGCCGGUGCAUGUGUGUCACCCCGUGCAGCCCUUGUAAAGAACCUGGUGCCCUGGCAUCUGACAUCUCGAAGGGCAGAGCCAUUCUCGGAGAGCAUGUGCCGCAGCUGAAGCUCGAGCUUCCGGGUUAGUUGACAAGCAGUGACUACACUGUCAGCCAGGGAUCCCCUGCCACCCAAAGGAAGGAGCUUUGUGCUUCUUUUUUCUGGUCUGUGGUCCUGCUCUGUCGUGGGACCCUCACCCUGCAGCUCUGGUUCUGACUUGAUUUCUGCAGCUGUAGUGGCCCUUCUCUCUUUCUUUGCCUUUAGGAGAAUGAAGCAGGCUGUGGAAAUUCAUUUGCAACUUAGUAAAACUCUUAUCAGUUCUACUGCAUACACUCAGCAAGAAGCGAGUCAUCUGCUCCCCUCUGUUUGUCUCUGUUGUGCUUUAGUGAUUCUGCUCUCAGGAAACUUCCUGUGAAAUGAGGAAGCUGGGUGUCUUUGAGGCUCUCUGCUUUGCCCUGAGGUCAAGGUACAUGACAACACCAUCACUUGUAGCCCCAAGGCCAGUGGGAGCCAGAGCGCCCUUCUGGCUGUGCUUUGUUUAGAUGUUUUCCUUAGCUUACAGAAGGUUUUAUUUUGAAGUUAAAUGCCAAUUUGUUAACUCUCCCCUUUCCUCUGGAAUACUAUUGUUCAUGAGAAAGUAACGCCUUGAGCUGAAGGUGGAACUGUGCGCUUUCCGCUUGCAUCUGGCUUUGUUCCUGUGACUGUUAGUCACAUCCGUUGUGCUGUUUCCAUAUCCGCGAAGGGGUCCGGACCAUGCAGUGCUAAAGCCCUGGCCCGAGAUGUCCUGAAGGUGCUUUCAACAGCUUUGUGGGCUGAUUUGAGCUGAAGAAAAGGUCCAGCUGUGUUUUAACGUGUGGGUGAAGCUUGGUAAAUAAGUAACUGGUACUAAUUAGUACUCACAUGCUGCCCUUUACUACAGAUGAGCUGUUUGAGGCAGAGUUCCAGCCAGUGUUCCUGUGUGUGUAGUUAAUGUGGUUACUAAUGCCUGAGUUUAACACCCUGAGCAUCAAUGCUGUAAAACCUUGUCUGUGUGUCCACAUGUGCAGAAUGAAAUAAAGCGUGUGGAAGAUG